AUCAAACAUGGAAACCGAACCUGCGGAAACAUCACAAAAACUCAUAAAAAGUGGAGAGUAUCUUAUCGUGCAAAAGAUUGAUGGCGAACAAAGUCGCAUAGUCCGGUUUACUCCAAAGCAAAAGAUUCUCAUUGAGAAGCUGAAGUUUGUAGCCGAUAGUGCAUUUGGAAAGCCUCAUGGUCUAUUCGAAGUAUCCAAUAAUCAAUGCCUUCCAAUGUCAGUUGAUCGUCUAAUUGAAGAACUUCAACUUCAAGAAGCAUCCGUUGCCACCUCAUCCAUAGAUCCUGAAGUAACAGAACCAUCGGAACCAUCUUUAGAUCCACGUGUUGUUAUCGCGCCUUCAGCACUUAAACUUGAGCCCGAACAAAAACGUCAAAAAUUGGAAAUGGAUGCCGUAUUGGAAAUGAAGAAGCAAGGAGUCAGUGGACAGGAAAUGGUUGCCAAACUUGUUGAAGGUUCAGCAUCAUUUCAGACAAGAACUGUCUUUUCACAGAGCAAAUAUAUCAAACGAAAAGCCAAAAAACAUAGUGAUCGAGUAUUAAUCCUCCGUCCAACCAUCCGUCUUCUGGCUAAAGCUUAUUAUUUGAAAGAUCCUGAUCGUCUUGCGAUGCUUCGUGCUGAUCAAUUAGCAUUAAUUCUUCAAAUGGCAGGGCUUCACCAUGGAAAGAAUGUCGUCGUAUUUGAACAAACACUUGGACUUAUUACCUCUGCAGUUAUUGAAAGACUCGGUGGAACUGGUGCUUGUAUUCAUAUUCAUAGGGGUGCGGUAGCUCAAUCAAUUCCCUGUGUUCAUUCUAUGAAUUACGAUGAUAACACACUUUCCACAUUUUUACCGGUUCGAAUUAAGUGUGUUCUAGCAGGCAAACAUCUGCCAUAUGACAAUAACCGAAAGGCUGUAAAUGGGGAUGAUGAUAAUUUGGAGGAAGUCAAUGGAGAUAAGGAACCUGAGAAAAUCGAGGAUCAAGAUCUAGAGGCUCUUGCUCGCCGAAAUGAUCGUUUGGAUCGGGAGAAGAGAGGAAUCGAUUUGAUUAAUGAUGAACAAAUUCAUUCUUUAAUUAUUGGAAGUCGUACUGUCGAUCCUAUCAGUGUUUUGGAGCUUCUUUAUCCCAAACUGGCACCAUCUGGGACGAUUGUCAUCUACUCUCCUCAUCAAAAUAUCCUCAUCUCAGCAUACGAUUGGUUGUCAAAGCGUCAAACAAUCAAUUUAGUUCUUACUGAUCAAAUGUGUCGUGUAAUGCAAGUUCUACCUGAUAGAACUCAUCCGUUAAUGGCUCAGCACGUCGCUGGCGGACAUAUUCUCACUGGAAUCAAAGUUAUUGACCAAUAAUUUAUUAUUAUUUUUGUUAUUGUUGUUUUUCUUUUUUCAGAUCACCGUAUUCGCAUUUUAUUUGUUAUUUUUUAUUGUUGAAUUUUCCGAGUAAAUUGCAUAUUUCCUC